UCUCUCUCUCUCUCUCUCUCUCUCUCUCAAAAACCCCAGAAAUCUUCAAAAACAGUUUCUCAUUUCUCUCUCUCUUUCUCUAUCUCUCCUUUUCGAUCUUCUCCCUUCGAUUCCUAUCACAAUCAGUCGCGUCGGACGGAUGAUUCGAUCCGUUUCAGUUCCGUCUCAGCGCCUAAGAAGUCGUCUGCAAAACAUUAGCUGAAGAAAUCGGACUGAAAAUCCGAUCGAUCGUAGUACUCGUGCCGGAUUCUGGAAGUGAUUUCUGCAGUCCUUGUUUCGAAUUCCGUCGCUUUUUGGCGAGAUCGCGGCAGGAUUUUGGUAAUGGAUGAUGCGUUGGGAUUCGGGAAUGUCGAUUCUUGAUGCUGCGGACGGAGAGUAUGGCGGCGGAUCUUGCACGGACCGGCCCUGUUGAGAGGGACAUCGAGCAGGCCAUUACUGCUCUCAAGAAAGGAGCCUAUUUACUUAAGUAUGGGCGCAGAGGGAAGCCCAAAUUUUGCCCCUUCAGGCUUGCAAAUGAUGAAUCCGUCUUGAUAUGGUUCUCCGGCAAAGAGGAAAAGCACCUUAAAUUGAGCCAUGUUUCUAGAAUUAUUCCUGGACAGCGUACUGUAAUUUUUCAGAGGUAUCCACGUCCUGAGAAGGAAUACCAGUCAUUUUCUCUCAUAUAUAAUGAUAGGUCACUCGACCUGAUCUGCAAGGAUAAAGAUGAGGCUGAAGUCUGGUUUGUUGGUCUAAAAGCAUUGAUUUCACGUGGUCAUCACCGGAAAUGGAGAACAGAAUCAAGAAGUGAUGGAGUUUCAUCUGAAGCAAAUAGUCCUAGAACAUACACCCGUAGAAGUUCUCCGUUGAGUUCUCCAUUUGGUAGUGUGGACAGUUUACAAAAGGAUGGAGGAGAUUCUGUUCGUGGCCACAGUCCAUAUGAAAGCCCCCCUAAAAAUGGUUUAGAUAAAGCAUUUUCUGAUGUGGUAUUAUAUACUGUGCCACCAAAGGGUUUCUUUCCCUCAGAUUCUGCUGGUGGCUCUGUCCAUUCUUUGUCAUCAGGAGGCUCAGAUAGUGUAAAUGGGAACAUGAAGGGCUUUGGGAUGGAUGCCUUCAGGGUAAGUUUAUCUAGUGCUGUUAGUUCAUCAAGUCAAGGUUCUGGCCAAGAUGAUGGUGAUGCUUUGGGGGAUGUUUUUAUUUGGGGGGAAGGUACUGGAGAUGGGGUUCUUGGUGGUGGUACUCAUAGAGUUGGAAGUUCUUCUGGUGUUAAAAUGGAUUCACUUGUACCCAAAGCCUUAGAAUCUGCUGUAGUUCUUGAUGUUCAGAACAUAGCUUGUGGUGGAAGACAUGCUGCUUUAGUCACCAAGCAAGGGGAGAUUUUCUCUUGGGGAGAGGAAGCGGGAGGCAGGCUUGGACAUGGAGUAGACUCUGAUGUGCUGCACCCCAAGCUUAUUGAUGCUCUUGGCAAUAUGAACAUUGAGCUUGUAGCAUGUGGGGAGCACCACACAUGUGCCGUGACAUUGUCUGGAGAUCUGUACACAUGGGGUGAUGGCACGUACAAUUUUGGGCUCCUUGGACAUGGAAAUGAAGUUAGUCACUGGGUGCCAAAGAGGGUAAAUGGGCCUUUGGAGGGAAUACAUGUUUCAUCAAUUUCCUGUGGACCUUGGCAUACAGCUGUCGUAACCUCUGCAGGGCAGUUGUUCACUUUUGGUGAUGGAAUUUUUGGUGUUCUUGGCCAUGGAGACCGCAGAAGUGUGUCAGUACCUAGGGAGGUGGAAUCUCUAAAGGGGCUCCGGACCGUGAGAGCAGCUUGUGGCGUUUGGCACACUGCAGCAGUUGUGGAAGUCAUGGUUGGAACGUCAAGCUCCAGCAACUGUUCCUCAGGGAAGCUGUUUACAUGGGGAGAUGGAGAUAAAGGUCGACUAGGGCAUGGUGAUAGGGAACCAAGACUUGUUCCAACUUGUGUAGCUGCUCUGGUUGAUCCUAACUUUUGUCAAGUUGCUUGUGGGCACAGCCUGACAGUUGCUCUCACAACCCAAGGCCACGUCUAUACUAUGGGAAGUACUGUUUAUGGUCAGCUAGGAAAUCCUCAAGCAGAUGGGAAGCUUCCCGUCCGUGUCGAAGGAAAACUCCAGAAGAAUUUUGUGGAGGAGAUAGCCUGUGGCGCUUAUCAUGUUGCAGUUUUAACAUCAAGAACCGAAGUUUACACUUGGGGGAAGGGAGCAAAUGGCCGAUUAGGUCAUGGGGAUAUUGAUGAUAAAAAUUCCCCGACAUUAGUUGAAUCCUUGAAAGACAAACAAGUCAAAAGUAUUGCUUGUGGCACUAAUUUUACUGCAGUUAUAUGUCUUCACAAGUGGGUGUCUGGUAUCGAUCAGUCUAUGUGCUCAGGCUGCCGCCUGCCAUUCAAUUUCAAAAGAAAACGCCAUAAUUGUUAUAACUGUGGGCUAGUUUUCUGCCAUUCCUGCAGCAGUAAAAAGUCUCUUAAGGCUUCUAUGGCACCAAACCCCAAUAAGCCUUAUCGUGUCUGUGAUAACUGUUUUAGCAAACUCCGGAAAGCCAUUGAGACUGAUUCAACUUCUCAGUCUGCAGCUAAUAGAAGAGGAAGUAUGAACCAGGGUUUCAGUGAGCUGGUUGAGAAGGAUGAUAAGUUAGAUACUAGAUCAAAUGUGCAACUUUCUAGGUUUUCUACGCUGGAAUCCUUCAAGCAGGUGGAAAGCAGAUCUUCCAAAAGAAAUAAGAAAUUAGAAUUUAACAGCAGCCGUGUGUCGCCUAUACCAAAUGGAAGCUCCCAAUGGGGUGCCCUUAAUAUUUCAAAAUCUUUCAAUCCAGUAUUUGUGUCAUCAAAGAAGUUCUUCUCGGCUUCAGUUCCUGGGUCAAGAAUUGUUUCUCGGGCAACAUCACCCAUAUCAAGACGACCCAGCCCACCUCGUUCCACAACACCAACACCAACUCUGGGUGGACUGACUUCUCCAAAGAUCAUUGUCGAUGAAGCUAAAAGGACAAACGAUAGCUUAAGUCAAGAGGUUCUUCAAUUAAGAGCACAGGUGGAAAAUCUUACUCGCAAAGCCCAACUUCAGGAAGUUGAGUUGGAAAGAACAGCUAAAAAUCUGAAAGAGGCAAUUGCGAUUGCAGGGGAAGAGACAGCAAAAUGCAAAGCAGCAAAGGAAGUGAUCAAAUCGCUUACAGCACAAUUAAAGGAAAUGGCUGAAAGACUACCGGUGGGAGCUGCACGAAACAUCAGGACUCCUCCUGUUGCAUCUCUUAGUGCUAGUCCUGUUGCGAGUGAUGUUUCUGCUCCAUCUCUUGACCGCCUGAGCAGUCCAAUGACUUCACACGAGCUAGAUGCAAAUGGGUUGAACGGUGUGCCACUUGCAAAUGGGUCAACUACCACUAGCAACCGGAGUUCAAAUCAUAACAGAUCGGGCCAUUCGGAAGUUACGACAAGGAAUGCUAGCAAAACGACAGAAACAGAACCCAAUCAUGAGGCUGAAUGGGUUGAGCAAGAUGAGCCUGGGGUGUACAUUACACUUACGUCUUUACCUGGAGGUGUCAAAGAUCUCAAGCGAGUCCGCUUCAGUCGGAAGCGGUUUAGCGAGAAGCAAGCAGAACAGUGGUGGGCAGAGAACCGGGCGAGGGUAUAUGAGCAGUACAAUGUGCGGAUGGUUGACAAGUCUAGCAUUGGCAUUGGGAAUGACGAUGCAACAGUACAUUCGCAUGGAAGCAAUCCGUGAAUCAAACGAGCAUUUUGCAGAUCAUGCCACGAUCAUGUGGAAGUCCAUGCUGAUUAAUGGUAUGUGGCUAAUCAUCUUAUUAGCCCUUCCGAGGGACAUUCAUCUUAUUAACCCUUGAGGGAGGGAAGAGCUGAUGAGAAAAGAGAGGGUUGUGAUUGUGGUUUUUACUUGAUUCUGAUUUUUAUCCUUUUUCUUUUCUUUUUUUUUUUCCCCAUUUCUUGUGUGAUGAAAGUAGAGUGGGGGUUGGGAAUGAGGAAUGUAAAUUCUUAGGUAGCUGGCUUUUAAUUCAGAGUAGCUGCCUUGUAAAUUCAUAAGGAAAUGCAUCUUCAUAA